GAGGAGCGGGUGAGUCGGGGCAGAGCCGGCCCCUAAGGGGCGGGCGCCGGGCCGGGCCCUGCGCUUCCUCGAGGGUUGGGCCAGGCUUCGCGGAGAGUGACAGGGGGGAGGAGCCGGGUCCCGGGAGCUGGACCUGGUGCUGGCGGCCGCGGGGGUCGCGCCGGAGCCUGGAGCCGUCUGGUCGGGGCCCCUAGCAGCGGGCGCCCGCCGCUGACCUCUCCGCGCUCGGGCGGGCUUUUGUGCUUUCCCCCUCUCGCUCCCCGCAGCCUGCCCGAGUAUCGUCGACAUGCUGCUGGACGAGGUCCACGCCGGCGACCGGCUGAGCGGGGCCGCGGCCCGCGGGGACGUGCAGGAGGUGCGCCGCCUGCUGUCCCGCGAGCUGGUGCACCCCGACGCGCUCAACCGCUUCGGCCACACGGCGCUGCAGGUCAUGAUGUUCGGCAGCCCGGCCAUCGCCCUGGAACUCCUGAAGCAAGGGGCCUGCCCCAAUGUCCAGGACACCACUGGGGCUACCCCCGCUCAUGAUGCCGCCCGCACGGGAUUCUUGGAUACCCUGAGACUGUUGGUGGAUCAUGGCGCUGAUGUGAACACCCCCGAUGGCACGGGGUCCCUCCCCAUCCAUCUGGCCAUCCGGGAGGGUCACAAGGAGGUGGUGAGGUUCCUGGCCUUGGAGUCCGACCUCCAUCACAGGGACGCCAGUGGCCUAACGCCCCUCGACCUGGCACGGGGGAAAGGGGCCCAGGAGCUCGUGGACAUUCUGGUGGGACACACAGUGGCCCCACUGUGACCUGUCCCCCACCCCUCGCAUCUCCCUCCCCCACAACCGGCAAAGGGACCCUGACGAAUUCCAUUUCAGAAGAGGAGGCUGGUGGAAAAUUCACUUUUUCUCCCCAGUUCCUCCAGCCUCGUUGCCCGAAGGGGGUGGGACCCAGGUUUGUGGCUUGUUGGUGUGGAUUUCUGGGGUGUGUGCCCUUGUGUGAAGGGCUGGCAUUUCUCGUUUGUUUUUCUCGCCCCUUUCUGAUGUGUUGAUGGGAGAAAGGCUGAUGCAGGCAAUAUUCAGGAAACGGUUCUUUUUCCUCCUCCCUUGGACGACCGUCUGACCCACAGGGCAGAGAGCAUUUAAAGUCCCAACCCCAGAGAGAAUGAGGUCACCACUUCCAGGGCUCCUGGCGACCUUGGCUUGCGGUACCAAGAGAAACCUCUGGAGUGCGCCCUGCUUGGGGCCGGGGGAGGGGUGCGCCCCAGAUAUAAGAGCCGGUGGGAUGAGCCUUUUCCGAAUUGGUUGGAAGCUUAUUUUCCCAUCUCUUGUAUAGCGAUUUUCGUUUUUGUUUUUUAAACCUAUUUAUUAAGCCUGAUUGAAAAAAAAGUGUGAUAAUUUAACGAUUUUACCCAUUAAAUUAAGACUUGUGUAAGG